CAACAUGAUGCAAGCUGAGUUCAGGCACACAGGAAGUCUUGUCAUGCACAGCUGGCCCGGUGACAGGAAGCAUGACAAACGACCUUUGCCGGAUGGGAGGGGGAAACAACAUCAGCCCACCUGCCAAAGAAGUCAAGAGAACCGCUAACAGGGGAAGCAACAAGGGCAAACAAUGACACCACAUCCAAACCUUCACAAAGGACAAUACUGACUCGGUGGCGCUAGUGUCAACCGCGCUGUCAAUCAAACGCUUUGCCUCCCCGUGAUUGGCUGCCCGGCUCCCUCGGCCCCGCCCCCAGCGUUGAAAUGACACCGUGGGAAAGGCGAGCGCCUCAAAGCCGAGCAAACUUUUUGGCGGCGCGCAUCAGCGAAGUGACGGAGGAAGGAUUAUUGUCAGACAUGAAGAGGAAUCACGACUUCAGCUCGUCGGACAGCGAGCUGGACGACGCCAUCGAGGUGGAGAAGGAGAGCGCGGAUGAGAAUGGGAAUAUUCGCUCUCCUCUCGGCUCCAUGUCGCCUACCACUUCCACUCAGGUGCAGGCGAGGAAGAGGCGACGAGGAAUCAUUGAGAAACGUCGUCGUGACAGAAUCAACAACAGCCUCAGUGAGCUGCGCAGACUUGUGCCCAGCGCCUUUGAGAAGCAGGGUUCUGCCAAGUUGGAAAAAGCGGAGAUUUUGCAGAUGACCGUGGACCACCUGAAGAUGCUUCAUGCUGCUGGAGGCAAAGGGUUCUUUGACGCCCACGCCCUGGCCAUGGAUUACCGCGGUUUGGGUUUCAGGGAGUGCCUGGCGGAGGCGGCCCGCUAUCUCAGCAUCAUGGAGGGUCUGGACAACACCGACCCCCUGAGGAUCCGCCUGGUGUCGCACCUGAACAGCUAUGCCAGCCAGCGCGAGGCGGGCCUCAACCACCUAUCCUGGGGUUCUGCCUUCGGGUCGCCGCCCGCCCACCUGACCCACCCGCUCCUCCUGCGCCAGCAGGCCGCCUCCCUAGCCCCGCCUCGGAGCGUCAGCAGCAGCCCCAUAUCGUCGUCCUCUUCCUCCUCGUCCCCCGCAGAGACGCACCCGGCAGGUCGGCGCAGCGCAAGUGGCACCCCUCACUCGGACCAAGCACCUGUGCGCACCCCGUCCGCGGCCCCCGCCCCCGUUCUCCACCCGACCAAGCUCUCCGCUCCCCUCCUUUCAUCAAUUUCCGCGUUCCCUUUCCCAUUCGGCGCCUUCCCGCUCAUCUCCCCCGUCGCCGCCCUCAGCCCCCCGGCCCCGACGACACCCACUGUGGGCAAACCAUACAGACCCUGGGGGAUGGAGAUCGGAGCUUUUUGACUGGCACUCACGCAAUCCAUGUAUAGACUCGCAAAGCCCAGCUGAGCUGGACUCCUGCUAAAAAAAAUACUAUUUUUUUCGUAUUUUCUUGUGUUUUUACGAGGAGGGGGCGCCGCCCUUUAAGAAGAGUGAUUUAUCCUGUCCAUUGAUGCCCACCUGCCCCCACUUGUCUUCUUUAAAGGACUUCUGAGACGAUCAGGAAUGACUUUUCCAGAUGGUCAAGCGGUCGUGUGUCACCCCCACCCGCCCAAAACCACCAUCCCACCCUUUUGUUUUCCCUUUCAGCUGAGUCUCGGUGCCCCCCACCCCCACCCCAGACCCACCCUUGCACUGAGAAGAGGUCCUCCUUUGACAGCAGUUUAUAGGGUGGAAUAAACACAAACCAGGUGUUGCGUUAGCGCCGACACAACGCACACAAACAACCAAAAACCACCUGUAAAGAUACUAUCUAGUUUGUAUAUUCUGGCGUCAUCUCUUGCUGCCGGUGCUUCAUGACAUCUUCCCUCAAUAAACAAUCUCUGAUAAAUCUUCUGUGUGAUCUGGUUUGCCAUCAGAAGACAACAAGGCGACGUUCUCUCUCUCUCUGUCUCUCUCUCUAGUGUCCACACAGGAAGCCAUUAACAAGGAGGGGAUAUCCUGGACAAUAGCAGCCCCCACUGUGCAACCACCGCGUGGGAACAAGCUAAGAAAGAAAAUGAUAGAGAAAAAACAGCCACCAGAUUUGAUACACCUGCACAAAAUUUGAUACACAGUGACUUCACUAUUAAAGUGGGUGACAUUGUUGUCACCAGGAAAGAUGAGGUCACCUAGCGAGGUUCCAUUCUAGAGGCUAAUCUUUCCUGUGAUAAAAUGGCAACCAAGGUAAUCAAAAAAGUCAACCAACGAAUGAUAUUCCUCUACAGAAUCUCCUCUCUGGUCAACAAAAGCACCACGAAGAUUCUAGCGGGAACUCUCGUUCAACCCUUUUUCGAUUACGCUUCCACCUCCUGGUACCCUAGCACCUCCAAAACCCUCUAUUCUAGACUCCAAACAUCCCAGAACAAGCUAGUCAGGUUACUUCUCCACCCCAGAUCCCACCUCACUCUUACCCACUUCUCCAAAGUGGGCUGGCUCAGGGUGGAGGACAGAGUAAAACAACUUGCACUGAGCCUAGUCUAUAAAAUUCGCUACACCUCCCUGAUAUCGAAGUACAUGUCAAACUACUUCCAAACUACCGUCCAAAAGUUUGGAGUCACCC